AUGUACUCUGAGCACGUCUUUGUAAUAAGUUUAUGUAAGAAACAUUAUGCUCAUCUGAGUACACUUUCUGAGUGCACUCUCAAAUAUACUCUGAUCACGUCUUUGUAAUAAGUUUAUUGCACUCUCAUUAUACUUAAAUUCUCACUCUUAACAAAUAUUUACUUACAAGAAUCUCUAGGUUUAAUUUAA